AUGUCGUGCAGAGAGGCGCUGGCCGCCAAGGACGCCGCCACUGCAGUCCCUGAUCUCGGCCUCAUCGACUAUGUGCUGAAGGAGCUCGCGGAAUACCUAGGAAGGUCGCAACCCUCCCACAAUGACUUCCAAGAGCUGCAGGAGGUGUUCUGCAAGACGAACCUGGAACUGCAGGGAAUCCACUCCGUUCGUUGGCUGAGCCGCGGCGAUGCCAUCGCGCGCUUGGUGUGUGUGCUCCCUGCCGUCAUCGUGCUCCUGUGGGAGUGGGAAGACGACUUCUACCACAUUGUGACUUCAGUGAAGUUCAAUGUGUAUCUUUACUACCUCGCCAACAUGCUAGAGCUCCUCAACAGCCUCAACCUUGAGUUUCAAAGGCGGGAGGUCGACAUGACUUCGGUGCAGUCGACCGUGCGCCACACCCUGAUCACCAUCCGUACGCGCUACAUCGAGUGCAGCGGCGAUGACUUUGGUGGCGGCCCGUAG